CCAACAGAGCUCACAGAGAUCAAUAAUGGCGGUGAGAAGGGGAUACGCGCUGUUCUCGAUCCUUGUGUUGUUGUCGCUGCUCGCUUCCUCAGGCUCAGUAAGAAGCGAAGGGAGGGAGACGAAGGAGUUCGUGUUGACCUUGGAUCACUCCAACUUCACCGAUAGCAUCAACAAGCACGAUUUCAUCGUCGUCGAGUUCUACGCCCCUUGGUGUGGACACUGCAAGCAGCUAGCUCCUGAGUACGAGAAGGCUGCGUCGGAGCUGAGCAGUAACGUCCCUCCCGUGGUUCUUGCCAAGAUUGAUGCAAGUGAGGAGACUAACAAAGAGUUUGCUACCAAGUACGAGGUUCAGGGUUUUCCUACCAUCAAGAUCUUCAGAAACGGAGGCAAAGCUGUUCAGGAAUACAAAGGACCUCGUGAAGCGGACGGCAUUGUUUCUUACUUGAAGAAGCAAAGCGGCCCCGCUUCUUUUGAGAUCAAGUCGCCUGAUGAUGCUACUGAGGUUGUUGGUGACAAGAAGGUUGUUGUGGUUGGAGUUUUCCCUAAAUUGGCUGGCCCUGAGUUUGAUUCUUUCUUAGCCACUGCUGAGAAACUGCGCUCUGACUAUGAUUUUGCACACACCUCUGAUGCUAAGCUUCUUCCUCGUGGAGAGUCUGUGACAGGACCUGUGGUCAGGCUAUUCAAACCCUUCGAUGAACUGUUUGUUGAUUCCAAGGAUUUUGAUGGAGAAGCUUUGGAGAAGUUUGUCAAAGAAUCAAGCAUUCCCCUUAUCACCGUCUUUGACAAGGAUCCAAACAACCACCCUUAUGUUAUCAAAUUCUUUGACAGCCCUAACACUAAGGCGAUGUUUUUCAUUAACUUCACCGAAGAAUCAGCUGAGACUCUUAAAUCAAAGUACCGUGAAGUUGCUACAUCCAACAAGGGACAGGGUCUUAGCUUCCUUCUCGGUGAUGCUGAGAACAGCCAAGGCGCAUUCCAGUACUUUGGACUCGAAGAGAGCCAAGUUCCUCUCAUCAUCAUCCAAACUGCUGACGACAAGAAGUACCUGAAAACAAAUGUGGAGGUUGACCAGAUUGGAUCAUGGAUCAAGGACUUCAAGGAUGGAAAAGUGCCCCCUCACAAAAAAUCUCAACCUAUCCCAACCGAAAACAACGAGCCAGUGAAGGUUGUUGUUGGUGAGAGCCUUGACGACAUGGUCUUCAACUCUGGAAAGAACGUGUUGCUUGAAUUCUAUGCACCAUGGUGUGGACACUGCCAAAAGCUUGUUCCAAUCUUGGACGAAGUCGCUGUGUCGUACCAAAACGAUCCAAGUGUUGUCAUAGCUAAGCUAGAUGCAACUGCAAACGACUUCCCACGUGAUACCUUCGAUGUGAAGGGAUUCCCGACCAUUUACUUCAGAUCAGCGAGCGGAAACGUUGUGCUGUACGAAGGAGACAGGACAAAGGAAGACUUCAUAAGCUUCAUCGACAAGAACAAGGACACAGCUGGAGAGACUAAGGCGGAGGAAAAGACAACAGAGGCUGCCAAGGACGAGCUCUGAAAAGGGGAAGCGUGUUCCGUCUCCUAGCCGCUAGCCUAGUUUGUCUAGUUUUGAGGAAAAUAGACAGAAGACCACACUUCUUAGCGAAUGUUUCUUUGUCUAUUAGUUUUUUUUUUAUAUGCAAAAUCUUCUGAACAAUAACCGAAUAACGCCUGCCUCUUUUCUUGUUUUUUGGUUAAUUGUUCGUUUUUGAACUCUGUUCUCUUUUUA